AGUUUCCGUUCACUCAGCAUGCCGCCUCUCCUGCAGUCAGUCCCUCUGGCCUCUGUUUUUGUGAAGUAGCUUAUAGAUUGAGGAAUGUUGGAGGUCGUUUCUGGUUGAGUUCAGGUUGACGUUUCCUCCUUUUUAUCGAGUAAGAAACGUUUGACUCCUCGUAUCUCUGUAUUAUAGCGGGUAAUGACCUGACUGCGCAAGGAGCAGGAAUGGCUUCGUUUGGGACUUUGCUGAAGUCUGGAGUGUCGCUGCUGCGCUGCGUGAGACAGUUCAGUACAGGAACAUGUUCUCUUGUGCGAAUGCACGCCAUCCCAAAGCUAAAACAAGUGGACCGGUGGACUGAGAAAAGAAGCAUGUUUGGAGUCUAUGACAACAUUGGAAUUUUAGGUGACUUUAAAGCUCAUCCCAAGGAUUUGAUCACCGGCCCUGCUUGGCUACGAGGCUUUCGUGGCAAUGAGCUUCAGCGUCUCACCCGGAAGAAGCGGAUGGUGGGCGAUCGAAUGAUGACGGAGGAUCGACACAACCUGGAGAAGAGAAUCAGCUUCCUCUACCGCCGCUUCAACCGUUACGGAAAACACAGAUAGAGACUGUGGCAAACUUAAAAGCUUUUUCCUCUGCGCUUCCCUCUCCCUGUGUCUGUCUUUAUUGUCUUUUGGAUUUAGAAAUGAUCAAUUAAAUGUUAGCUGUUAUAAGCUCA